AUGGAUGCAGCGGUCCCGAAUAAACUGUUGGAUCUUGCUGUGCAGAGUCUACUGAGCAAUGAGUCUGCAGCAAUCCAAGCUCUGGAGGACAUUCCAAGAGAGCUUUUUGUUCCGCUGUUCAUUGCUGCCUUCAAGGGUGGGCAUAGGAGUAUAUUGAGUGCAAUGGUAAAAGUUUGGCCCUUUUACUGUCUCCAUAUUGGAUCACUAAGUAUUCAGGAGGCUCACCAUGAACUCCUGAAAGCCAUGAUUGAGAAUCUUCCAGUAUGUCCUGCACAGAACUCCUCUCCUAGGAGACCUAAAUUGAGAAUCCUAGAUUUGAGACAAGUCACCUACUCUAGAAUCACAUGCCCUGAAAUCAGCUCCAAAUCACCUUUAUGUUUUCAUUCUUGUGCUUAUUCUGACCACUCUAUCACUAAAAUAGAAGGACAUCUUCCAUUAGGAAAUUCAGGGCUUGAGACUCACUCACCCAGACCUGUGGAAUUACUAGUGGAUCUUUCCCUCGAUGGGUGCUUAAUGGAAAAGGAAUUUUUGGAUUUGCUUGUGGGUAAAGUUGAAGAGAGUUCAGGGUCUUUGCAUGUGUGCUGUCGAGAUCUGCAAGUUAAUAAACUCUGUAACUACAAACGUACCCUGAAAUUUCUUGAUCUCAAUUGUUUUGAUCGGUUGUCAGUUGGUAAGGCUUCACUGAGCUAUAUCAACAGUAUCCUGUCUCAGAUGACCCACCUACAAAGCCUUAGUCUGUUUAAAGUCUCUUUUAGAUCUCUGAAUGGGAAAGUCUUUAAAAUUUUCCUCAGUCACUUACAGCGUAUGGAAAACCUCAAGGAACUCAACUUGGCUUCAUUCUACCUUAAAAAUCAUCUGGAAAAAGUGCUCAGAUUCAUACCACCUGGCUUGGAUUCCUUGUAUCUGCCAUUCUGUAAUCUCUCGUCCAGAGACUACCAAUUUCUGUCUCAGCGUCCUCAAGCCACCCACCUAAAGCUCUUGAAUAUUAGUAACAACACAAUGUAUUGGAAUGAUUUGGAGGUCAUUUGCACUCUUCUGGUAAAUCUCUCUGGUACUCUUCAGAUUCUAGAGCUAAAUAAUUGCCAUAUAAGUGAAUCUGCAAUCUCUGUUCUUAUCCCUGCCCUAAUCAGAUGCACCCAUCUCUGUGUUCUGGGCUUUGCUUCUAACCCCAUCACAAUACCUAUCCUUAUGAAUAUCGUGAAUAAUUUAACACCUUUGAUGGAGCUAAAAUAUGUGAUUUAUCCUAUCCCAGUACAUUGCUUUGAUGAAUGGCAUUUUCAGUACAGUUUAGACAGAAGGAAGCUUGCCAUUGUACAACUACAACUGAAGACAAUGCUAGAGCUUGCGCAGUGCAAUGACAUGAACAGGAUCACUUACACUGAGUAA